GCCUUCCGGAUGAUAAGGUGAAUUUAUUAAUGAUGCGUGAAAUAGCAUUUUGCAACAAUUCAGAUGUUAUCUACCCCUCCCUCUCAAUGGUCUUAUAAUUGCACAGACCACGUUUAUGACUGCAGAUUGCAACAGCAUACGUAUGUGGUUUGAACGACUGGUCCAUGUUAAUUUGUCAUUUACAUUUGUUUGGGUUUCAUUCAUUAACUGCAAUUUUUCACGGUAGGUCACAUAUUUAUGGCACCCUCCCCUUUAAGGGUAGCUGCGCCUUUAAGCGUUAUGUAGGGAGGCGAGUCGAUGUAGGGCGACUGUGUGCGUUGCGCUCGCCUUGCCGUACUCAUCAUGGCUCCGAACCAGCCGCCGUUCUCCUUGGCGAGGAGCAGACGAGCCAGCGGUCUCUCGAUUCCCAGACCGGAGACGAACGUCAAGCCGAAACAGAGGCACCGGUAGAGAGAGGGGCGCACCGGGGGGAAAGCCUCCUCUUGGCACCCUGGUCUCCUCCUCGAUGUCUUCGUCAAGAGCCACGUACAGCCAUUUGACAAAGAGGGGUGCGAACCCGGGCGGCAGCGGCGGCGGCAGCAGCAGCAGCAGCAGCGGCAGCGGAAGAAACAUGAACAGGGAUUAUUCUAUUAAUCUGUCAGUGCAGCAAGUGCUGAGCCUGUGGGUGCAAGGCACGGUACCGAGGCUCCAACACUUUACAGAGAUGUGGUACUGGGUGUUCCUGUGGUGUCUGUUCUCGUCUCUGUUUGUGCACGGGGCGCUGGGGCUGCUGAUGCUGGUGAUGCUGCAGAGGCACCGACGCGGACGACUCAUCACGCUGGUCCUCAUCAGCGUAGGAUUCCUGGCCUCCCUCACAGGGGGGGUCAUCACCAGUGCAGCAGUAGCAGGUGUGUACCGUGGCGCAGGCAAGGACAUGGCACCUCUGGAGGCCCUGGUGUUCGGCGUGGGCCAGACCACCCUCACCGUCCUCAUCUCCUUCUCCCGCAUCCUGGCCACUCUCUAAUUGGACACGCAGAGUGACUGCCACACCUAUCCACCAAUGGACGGAAGACACAAGCAGGAAGGGGGAGGGACAUGGCUCGCGACAGGUCCAUGAUGAGGAUGUGAAGGAUAGGAGGCUGGAUGAUUUCGGCCCCGCUGGAUGUGAUGCAACUUCCUCUCUGGACUAAAUGUUGUCUGGUGUGAUGGCCGUGGACUUGGAUGAAGGGCCUCUUCGGUGAGCACCACACGCCCUAAUGGUGGCACACACCAGAUUCAGAAGGGAGUUGGACUCUUCCGGACUACACCGCUGCAUUUGGCGACCGCCAGCCAACAGAACUGAAAGUGUGUGCAUCUACGUCUGUGCCAUUGGCUCUUGGCCAUCCAGCGUUGCAGAGCAGAGCAGCGUAACAGCAUGGCUGCCUCUCUCCUGAAAAAUCUCCCCCUUGGCUUUUUGAUGUUUUUGCUGCACUUGUGGGGGAAAAAAAACUCCAACUUUAAAAUGAAAACAUUGAAAUAACCAGUACUGUAAGGUAAAA